UCCAGCACGCCCGCGACCCUUGUGAGGAGAAGCAACUCAGAAAAUGGAUGGAUGGAUUAUUAUUACUACUGUUGUUGUUAUUAUGGUACAUGUGCUCGGGUUGUUCGGGACAGACGUAGCGAGUUCCCAUAAAGAACAUGUAAGACGAAGUUUUGUUUGUACCGCCAAGAGUGACUAAAAAGUACAUUAAGCUUUUAUCAGACACCAUGUUGAGGUCUUUAAAGGUACAUUUGCUAAAACAAACCAAGCAGGGUUGUACAUUUUCUUUCAUGAAAUGUCACAUUGUCGUGAACAAUCCCAAAUUUUAUCGCCUGUCUGUCGUAAAACGGAAGUACGUCAUCAACGUGCGCCCGUUGUCUUGACAACGGCACUAUGCGCUAUGUCGGUGGUCUGCAACGACAACAACUGAUGAUGGCGAAAACAUGCACGGACAAGUUGUGGGACUUGGCCGCCGCUGAGGUCCAAAGUCGGGAGAAUGGCGGUGGAGAGGACGUCGGUGGUGGCGGAGAAGCAGCGGGGGAGAGGAGCGUCUUUCUCACAGGAAGCAAGGCUGGGGGUAAGACGUCCAUUCUCCUCAGAUGCUUGGACAGGGACGAACCAGCUAAGCCCACUCUGGCUCUGGAGUACACAUUUGGCAGGAGGGCCACUGGACACAACACGCCCAAAGACAUAGCCCACCUGUGGGAGCUGGGAGGCGGGACCUCCUUGUCAGACCUGAUCCAGAUCCCCAUCACUGCUGACAGCGUCAGGUCCCUGUCCGUCAUCUUGGUGGUGGAUCUGUCUGCUCCGUGCGCUCUGUGGGCGACCGCGGAGACGUUGCUGCAGGCGGCGCGGGCCCACGUGGAGCGGGCCGCUUCCCGGGCGCGACAAGUCGACAAGAGCCGAGCGGCAGCCAAACGCCCGCCGCCCUUCGCGCCACGCGUCCUGCCCAAAGAUUUCCCUGACCGAGAGCUGAUCAGCGCAUUUCCAGUACCUCUGCUAAUCAUUGGCAGCAAGUAUGACCUCUUCCAGGAAUUACCGUCAGACAAGAGGAAAGUGGUGUGCAAGACGUUGCGUUUUGUUGCUCACUACCACGCCGCCUCACUCAUUUUCAGCAGCAUCAAGUCGGAGAGCCUCAUGUCCAAGACCAAGAGCUUCUUCUCCCACCUGGCCUUCAACGUGGAUGCAGGGAAAACAGUGUCAUGUGACUCCAGCAAGCCCCUCAUCAUUCCAGCAGGUUCCGACUCCUUCAGCCAAAUCGGCUCUCCACCCACGACGGACGUGGACAUCACUUCCCUGCACGCCAGGAACCCCAAAGACCUCUGGAAGAAAGUCUACGAGCGGAUCUUCCCUCCAGAGAACACCAGCGAGAAGAAGGAAGUUAAGGAUCCAGCCAAGGACCCCCAAUACAGCGAACCGCAGAUCGACGCCAUGCGGGCGCAGAAAGAUCAGGAGUUGGAAGAGUACAAGAAGAAUGCAGCAAAGUCUUGGAAAGGCCUGGAACUGGACACGUAACUUAAAAGACUGUAUUUACUGUAUAUUACACCACUUGUCAUCUUUUUUUUCCCCCAACAGAAAUUCACAAAUUUCUACUCCUGGGAAUUACUGUGAAAUUUUGCGCAUUUUAAAGGGAGGAAAAAAAGAAAAACAAAAUCGAAAUCUACAUUACAUUCUGACAUUGAUCAAUGUAAUAUACACACAACAGUGACACGAGUACACAGCCGGAGCAGUUUGUUGACUUUAGUGAUUUUUUAAAUCAUUUCUUCCAGAAAUGAAUAAUUGUUAGGGUUAUCCUGUAAAUCUACAUAUAUUCUCAAUUUAGCAUGCACCGAAAGGAGACCGGAGACACACCAAACAUAACCGGAGUCAGUACUUAUCUUAUCAAAAGGAGAAGCAGUCGCUCUUUCAGCGAUCUGGAAUCUUCUGACGUCUGUCUCCCCUGUGCCCUUUUUAUUAACAUUUGAGUAGGUGGUAUCCCAUUCCAUGACCUUUUAAGGACUUGUUUGUUAUCAAGAUGUGGCCAGUGCCUCGAGGUGUGGGAGUUUGUGCAUUGUAGUACUUUUCCAAACUGCUCGUUUCCAGUGAACAAGGGUGCUAUCAUCUUAAUGCAGUUACAGCAACAAUGUGUUUUGAUGCGAUAAUAUAUACCAUUUUUCCAUCAAUAAUUGUAUUUCAUUUAAAUAAGUGUGGGUGGUAAUGAUACCUACCUCAGUACACAGUUGUAAUUCAUUACAAACCCAGGUGAGGCAUAUUAAUUGAGCAGAGAAAAUCUGGCAUUAUCCAUUAAUGACUGCCUUUUUUUGUUUGUUUUGUGUUACUUUUUGACUUUAUAUGUGGACAGUGAUGUAUUGAAGAAUAAACA